AUGGGGUGCUUCACUUUGGGGCUGCGGUUGCUUUGUUUCAGAAACAACCACCGGAGGUGUUUCGAAUUUCUGGCCACAGUGACCACCGGUGUCCUUUUCCUCAGCCGAGCCCUGAAGCCUCCGGUGGUCUUCAUUGCGACCUCUGUGGUUCUGUGGCUGCUGUGGGCCAUCUUCCAAUGCCGAAGGUAUGGCAAAGGGGUCCUAUUCCUUUGGGGACUUCGAAUAGAUUGUCCGAACCUGAAGUACAGUUUUAUUUGUCCGAGUAUUUUCGCGAUCCUGGCGAUGGUCUUCAUUUGCGUGGGAACGGUGACGCAAGGUCAUAGCAUUGCUGUUCAGAAUUGGCGCUUUUGGCUGGUUCUGGUGAUCUACCCUUUCUGGGGAGUCUUCAUACAGGUGCUGUUGCAGUCCAUGUUGAUGCGGCACUUGAACUGGUUCUUCACUGGCAGUGACGAGGAUGGAGUGCUGGAUUCUCUGGGCAAGUCAAGAGCUGUAUGCUGUGAUAAGAACAGCUGUUGGUAUCUCUGGGGUUCCCUUUUGACGAUUCCAAGCUCCUCCAUCGCCUUCCUCAUUCUGCAUUCGUCGGACGGUUGGCUGAUGGCUUUCCAUGGUGUCAUGGGAAUGGUUUGGGUCGUUGAAUAUUGGAUUCACCAGAAUGUCCUGCCCCUGGGAUUGUAUCAUGGCCUUCUGGGCACGAUGUUUUACUUCUGGUUCAUGGGCCGUGACCCGUUGAACAUCAUGUUCUCAACAUCACAGAUAGGUUGA